UGUACCCAAACGCGUCGCGCAACGUCACUGCUCUCCAAAGCUCGGCACGGACGAUGUGGUUCACCGGCGUGGCAAUCGCUUCAGUUUACGGUGUAAUCAGCUUGUCGGGGCUAAUCGGCAACAUCACGCUCAUCAAGACCCUUUGCUCUGCCAAAUCCCUCCGUAAUGUGCCGAAUCUCUUCAUGUCGAGUCUGGCGCUGGGGGAUGUUUUACUGCUAGUGACCUGCGCUCCGGUGGAUGCCAGCCGCUACCUGUCAGAGGAGUGGCUGUUUGGGAGAGUGGGCUGUAAAGUCAUCCCGUUCAUUCAGCUCACCUCGGUUGGGGUGUCUGUGUUCACUCUCACAGCCCUCUCUGCUGACAGGUACAGGGCCAUUGUGAAGCCCCUGGAUAUACAAAAAUCAAGCACCAUUACCAGCAUUGUCCUGCGGGCGGCGCUCAUCUGGCUCUUCUCUCUGGUCCUGGCUAUCCCCGAGGCCAUCUUCUCUGACCUCCACACCUUCAACAUCACCUCCACUAAUGAGAGCUUUGUCACCUGCGCCCCAUAUCCCCAUGCUGGAGAACUGCACCCUAAGAUCCAUUCCAUGGCCUCCUUCCUCAUUUUCUAUGUCAUUCCCCUGCUGGUCAUAUCUGUGUACUACACCUUCAUCGCCCGGAGCCUGAUGAGGAGCACCUCCAACCUGCCUGUGGAGGGGAACGUGUAUACAAGACAACAGGUUGAAUCAAGAAAGCGCUUGGCCAAGACAGUGCUGGUAUUUGUUGGUCUCUUUGCAGUAUGCUGGCUUCCCAGUCACGUCAUCUACUUAUAUCGCUCCUAUCACUACUCCCAGGUGGACACUUCCCUGGUUCACUUUGUGUGCAGCGUUGUAGCUCGUAUCCUGGCCUUCACCAACUCCUGCCUCAACCCAUUUGCUCUUUACCUGCUGAGCAAGACCUUCCAGAAGCAGUUCAACCAGCAGCUGUGUUGUUGCUGUCGUAUGAUCCUCAAACGCUCCUCGCAGAACCUGACACAUUAUAACACACGUGUGACCUCUGUCCGCAGCACACAUCACUCCAUGGCGAGUCUGAGCAUAAUGAAUGGCAGACGGGUCUAUCAGGAAGACUGUGUUUAAGGGAAGUGUGUUUAUUUACAAAACACUGUGAUAAUAAGAACCUUGCAUAAUUGUACAGAUAAUCACUCCAGUGUUUAAAAAUUUCACUUCCAUAAAGUUUGGGGACUUUAUUAUAAAAAGAAUGGUCAGAGUCAAAGCAGAACUGGCCAGUAUAUUCUGACUUUGACUAAUUAGGCUAGUAUGGGUCUCUUAAAAUAAUGAAAGCCUGUGUCCUAGAAAAUACAUUUACACAUAUAAUACUAAUUUGUUUUACUGAUUACAUCUUGAUAGUAAUUGCUGCCUGGAUUAGGCAACCUUUAUUCCAAUGAAUAAGGUGCAAGUUUUUGUACCACAUGGUUGUCAUAAGGAGCGCACAAAGCAAAGGACUUUGACACCGUAGACUGGCGUUGGCACCCUGAGUCCCAUGUGUGUAGAUUUAGGCAACAAAAGCAACUUUGGUUAAGGGUAGGGAAAGAUGGUGGUUUCGGUUAAACGUUAAUGCUUAACAAAGUGCUGUGAGCGCCUGAACAUAGCUAUAGUUUAGUCAUGCUUUAGUUGCCAUAAGCAGAUAUAGUGGAACAAGACAAAGAGUCUACAGCCAUGCUAGCUGCUCUGGGAGGCUGUACUUUGGCACAGCAGUGCUUUGAGCUAAAUCCUAAUGUCAGUAUACUAAUAUGCUCAGGCUGACAAUGCUAACAGGUAUAAUAGGUAUAAUGUUUACCAUGUUCACCAUCUUAGUUUAGCAUAUUAGCAUGCUAACAUUUGCUAAUUAGCACUAAACACAAAGUACAGCUGAAGCUGAUGGGAAUGUCACUACUUUUGCUUUUAAAAUUUUGUUGAUGAUAUAUCGACUGUUGGCUACAAAUCUGCCAGACACGUUAAUUAACAAUGUGUCUUCAUUAUGUUGACAAAAAUGUAAUCCAUGCGGCAUUACGUUUCCUUUAAAACGUAUUUGCUGUUGCAAACUAGUAGUAUAUAAAUGAAACCAGUAUUGCCAACUUUUUUCCAAUGAAUGUAGCUAGCACUAGCUCCAAAAGUCGCUAGUUUAUGUCAUACGCUCAUUUGCAUUUUGAUGACAUCAUCACACAUUCAUUUACAUAAAGCUUAGUGCAGUAAAGGAAAGAUCACCUUAAUUUAAGACAUAUAAAACUUAGAGAAAUCUGUGGCUAAAUAAUCACAAACUCACUACAGGGACAUCAUGUAUUUUAAGUAAAAAAGUAAAAAAA